AACCUAAACUUUUCCAAAAUCAUACCAAAAAACAUUUAAUAACACCAAAAUCUACAGCAAAAAAAAAAUGCUAUCUCCCAAACUCUUCCUCGUAACACUCUUCUUAUCUCUUCAAACACUCUUCAUUGCUUCUCAAAAUCUUCUCCCUUCUUCUUCAAACUCUUCAUCAACCAUCUGCAAAACGACACCGGAUCCAAAAUUCUGCAAAUCAGUGUUCCCACAAACAUCUCAAGGCGACGUCCGCGAAUACGGCCGCUUCUCCCUCCGCAAAUCGCUAACGCAAUCGCGAAAAUUCACACGCACGAUUGACAAAUACCUCAAACGCAACAAUGCCCUACUCUCCCAAUCCGCCGUUGGAGCUCUCCAAGACUGCCGUUACCUCGCAAGCCUCACAACAGACUAUCUCAUAACGUCGUUUGACACCGUCAACAUCACUACAUCAUCCAAAACGUUGUCGUUUUCCAAAGCCGACGAAAUCCAAACACUUCUCUCCGCCGCGUUGACUAACGAGCAAACAUGUCUUGACGGAAUCAACACCGCUGCUUCCACUUCUUGGACCAUACGAAACGGCGUCGCAUUGCCUCUAAUCAACGACACGAAGCUCUUUAGCGUCUCGCUCGCAUUAUUCACCAAAGGUUGGGUUCCAAAGAAGAAGAAACAAGUAGCCGGUUACUCUUGGGCCCAUCCGAAGAACACUCACAGUCACACAAAACCAUUCCGUCAGUUCCGUAACGGAGCUUUACCGCUAAAGAUGACGGAACACACACGCGCCGUUUACGAGGCUUUAAGUAGGAGGAAACUCGCAGACGACGACAAUGAUGUAAACACGGUGCUUGUGAGCGACAUCGUAACGGUGAACCAAAACGGAACGGGGAAUUUCACGACCAUAACGGAAGCUGUUACGGCGGCGCCGAAUAAAACUGACGGUACCGCCGGUUAUUUCGUUAUCUACGUGACGUCAGGUGUUUAUGAGGAAAACGUAGUGAUUGCGAAGAACAAAAGAUAUCUAAUGAUGAUUGGUGACGGGAUAAACCGUACGGUGGUUACCGGUAACCGGAAUGUUGUCGACGGUUGGACCACUUUCAACUCCGCCACUUUUGCCGUGACAUCGCCGAACUUCGUUGCCGUGAACAUGACUUUCCGAAACACCGCUGGACCAGAGAAGCACCAGGCCGUGGCUAUGAGGAGCAGUGCUGAUCUUUCAAUCUUCUAUAGUUGCAGUUUCGAAGCUUAUCAAGACACUUUAUACACACAUUCACUACGACAAUUCUAUAGAGAAUGUGACAUUUAUGGAACAGUCGAUUUCAUAUUCGGCAAUGCAGCAGUUGUGUUCCAAAACUGUAAUCUAUAUCCAAGACAACCGAUGCAGAACCAGUUCAACGCUAUUACAGCUCAAGGUCGUACUGAUCCGAAUCAAAACACAGGAAUUUCGAUUCACAAUUGUACGAUUAAACCGGCAGAUGAUUUGGUUUCGAGCAACUAUACGGUUAAAACGUAUUUGGGACGACCAUGGAAGGAGUAUUCACGGACAGUUUUUAUGCAAUCGUACAUAGACGAGGUUGUUGAACCGGUUGGUUGGAGAGAAUGGAACGGAGAUUUCGCAUUGAGCACAUUGUACUAUGCUGAGUAUAACAAUACCGGAUCCGGUUCAAAUACUACAGACCGAGUGGUUUGGCCCGGUUAUCACGUGAUUAAUUCUACAGAUGCGAAUAAUUUCACGGUCGAGAAUUUCUUAUUAGGAGAUGGUUGGAUGGUUCAGAGUGGUGUACCUUAUAUUAGCGGUCCAGUGAUCCUCUUCCUCCAUGGAUUUCCCGAUCUCUGGUACUCAUGGCGUCACCAGCUUCUCUCUUUCGCCGCCUUAGGUUACCGCGCAAUCGCUCCAGAUCUCCGCGGUUACGGCGAUUCCGAUGCGCCGCCUUCUUCUGAAUCUUACACCAUCCUUCAUAUCGUCGGAGACCUCGUCGGAUUACUGAAUUCACUCGGUGUUGAUCGGGUUUUCCUCGUCGGUCACGAUUGGGGAGCAAUUGUUGCGUGGUGGCUCUGUAUGAUCAGGCCUGAUCGAAUCAACGCGUUGGUCAACACUAGCGUUGUGUUUAAUCCGAGGAAUCCUUCUGUGAAACCUGUUGAUGCGUUUAGGGCUUUGUUUGGCAAUGAUUACUACAUCUGCAGGUUUCAGGAGCCUGGAGAAAUCGAAGAGGACUUUGCUCAAGUUGAUACAAAGAAGUUAAUAACCAGAUUUUUCAUUUCGCGUAACCCACGUCCACCUUGCAUUCCAAAGUCAGUUGGUUUCAGAGGUUUACCUGAUCCACCUUCUUUGCCUGCUUGGCUCACUGAACAAGAUGUUAGUUACUACGGAGACAAGUUUAGCCAAAAAGGCUUCACCGGUGGACUAAACUACUAUCGCGCCCUGAACCUAAGCUGGGAACUAACGGCACCAUGGGCCGGUCUACAAAUCAAGGUCCCUGUGAAAUUCAUAGUGGGUGAUCUAGACAUAACAUACAAUAUCCCCGGAACAAAGGAAUACAUACAUGAAGGUGGUUUGAAGAAGCACGUACCGUUUCUACAAGAAGUGGUGGUAAUGGAAGGUGUAGGCCACUUCCUCCAUCAAGAGAAGCCUGACGAGGUCACAGACCAUAUCUAUGGCUUCUUCAAGAAAUUCAGAACCCGCGAAACCGCAUCCUUGUAGUAGUUCUCCGUCUGCACAAUGUCAAAUUCAAGGUUUGAUUAAGCUUGGUCAGGGUUACUUACUGUCUUACUUGGUCUUAGCCUUCUUUGCAAUGUGUUGAAGGAUGUUAUGUGUGUAUUUUACUUGUUUAAUAAUUUAGCAAAAUAUAA